AUGGCGCCCACAGACGACCUCAAAGCCCACGCGGCAUCGUCACAAGACUUUUAUGCGCUCCUAGAAGUAUCGCCCGCAGCAGCAGACAACGAGAUCCGCCGCUCAUAUCGCCGAGCAGCAUUAAAAUAUCAUCCAGAUAAAAUCGCGAACCCGACACCCGAAGACAUCAACAAGUUCCAUUUACUUCAGAUCGCAUACGAUGUACUCUCUGACGCGGCUGUGCGCCAGCUCUACGAUAAUGCGCGCGAGGCAAGGGAACGGAAAAAGCGGGAGGUGGAGAUGAUGGAUGCGGCGAAGAGGAAGAUGAAAGAAGAUCUAGAGGCUAGGGAACGGGCGGGUGAUGCGGGCGCCGCGGUGGCACAGCGUGGGUUGAAGAGGACGUGGAUGAUGUCUAGUGCUGCGGAUAAUGAGGCCGAAGAAAGACUGGAGCGGGAGAUUCAACGUAUUGCGGAAAACUCGCAGCGGAGACGUCGAGAGGCAGAAGAGAAAUUGAUGAAGGAGGCUGAAGAGGAAGAGAAGCAGGAGCGUUUGGCGGCAGAGCAAGAACGUGAAGAGCGGGAUAGAAGUUUUGCGCGAGUCGAUAAGUCUAAAGAAGGUGGUACGAAUGUUCCGGAGCUCGAGAGGGCUGUCAAAGUACACUGGGUUCGCGAGGGGCCUGGUGAAGCGUUCGAUAAGGACAGAUUGAGAGAGCUCUUUUCAGCGUUUGGGAAAGUGGAGAAUACAUUCUUGCUCAAGGACAAACGACAGCGAGUCGGCGAGAAGAAGGAAAAGAAGACGGUUGCUACUGGAGUGGUUGUUUACACAUCAAUAGUCAGUGCUCACUCGGCUGUUCUUGAUAGUGCGAAAAAGAUUAAGUCAGGAGCUCAAGGGGACUGGUCCAUUCUCGAAUCUGUGGUAUGGGCUUCAGGAACUGGCCCAGAUCUGAAAUCGAGAUCGGAUAGUCAUUCGCCAGUACCAGUUAGCGAGACACCGACCGCAUCCUCUACAUCUAACCCUUCUAUGCCUCCAACUAGUAAUGGCAAUGUCAAGAAGCCAGCAUUCGACUUUGCUAGCCUCAAAAACGGCUCAGCACCGAAGAUAGGCGGUGGGAAGCCUUCGUUUGCUUCUUUCUCGGCGCGACCUGCCCACGCAACGCCGCCUGACAGCUCGACCAUCAAGAAUCCAGCAUUGACUACACCGAGUUUGCAAGAGAUCACGCUUAUGAGACUGAAAACCGCGCAAAGAGAGAAAGAACGCAAAGCUUUAGAAGAGCAGUUGCGAAAGGAAGAUGAGGCUGCUGAUGCGGCUGCCCAAGAAGUCUAG